AUUAUUUCUGUUACCCAUAACAUGGACUUCUUCAGAGCCCAUAUUUCGCUCUACUCCGCCACAUUAUCGCCCUUUAAGGACAGUCUAAGAAACACGGUCGUAUUUAUGAACAUCGUGGACUUGUUCCUCCGCAUGAAGGAUUUCGUGCUGGACGGUGUGCACUCGUCGGUGGUGUGUAAUCCGGAGAUACUGCUCGGAUCGCUCAUACUUACAAUGUUGAAGCUGCGGCUAGCAAUCCUCAGCGGGGACAAUGUGAUGUUGGGAGUCUACCUCGGUAACACCAUCUUCCACAUGGCUCAUAUUGCUUUUGUCUUCAAAUUUGUGCCCUUAAGACUGAAAAACGCUCUUAGAGGAAAGUGCUUUGUUACUGGAGCAGCAAUCGGGGGGCUUAUGUGGUACUCGUUUCAGGAGGAUUCGAGGAUGCUUGAAGCUCAUAUGGGCUACAUUCUGCUGGCAACCAUCAUUAUAAACCAUGCGAUGCGGACUCUUCAAAAGUGGAACACACUGCCACAGGCUACCUCCAUCUGGACGCUCUCGCUGCUGAUGCCUAUUACCUGGAUAGCCUAUGGUAUAGCAGAAACCAACAUACUUAUUGUAAGCCAAAAUGCACUGAUCCUCGCCAUUAAACUGAUGGAUCGAUACCGGUAUCGUCCCCACUUGUCAUUGCGAUACGCCUUAACCUUUGGCGAUUGGCGGGCUGCUCAUGUUUCUCGAGUAUAUCUUUCUCCCAGUGGCUCUGGUACAGCCCAUUCCCUCCGCCGAUCCUCUAGCUCUCGUAACCAAUCCUACAAUUGUUUAAUCACCCACGCAGCAGAAAUCAAUAUUUCCGUUCCAAUAUAUAUUAUGAUAUGUAAAGGAAAUCAAACCCUAGACAUCGCCAGUUGCCCGACAGGCUCCAAGCACUACGGUCUGUCAUCGGAAGAGGAGCCCGCCCUGAGCAGCGAUAGGACAGGACAGCCAUCGAUACAAGAACCGAUACCCCAAUCGAUAGCAAGGCGAAUCGAUUUGGCCGAGGCAAUGAGUGGCGAAAGCGAGAAUGGAACACAGCUGAGACGCGAUCUGAACGAACUGUUUGAGUGGUUCCAAGGAAAUGAUAAGCUACCGCAAGAGAUUGAGCCCCUGCUGCUGCGGCGCUUCUACCAGUGCAUGUACGGAGACCUUGAGGAGACCAAGAAGCUCAUCGAGGUGAAUUACUCCCUGCGCAACCGUCAUCCCCAUCUGUUCAUCAAGCGGGAUCCACUGGACGAUGACAGCCAGCGAACCUUCGAUUAUGCAGACAUACUGCCGCUCCCAGGCCUCACGCCGGAUAACUACAAGGUGUCGCUGUACUGCUUUCGGGAGUUUGAGGCCACAAAGAUGCAUCACACGGAAGACACGCGCGCCUUCUUCAUGGUUGCCGACUGUCGCUUCAUCACUCCGGACGAUCCAGCCCGACCGGGCACCCUAUCCGAAGGCGAGGUACAGAUCUUUGACAUGAAGGGGACCACCAUGCGCCACAUAUCGCGCCUAACCAUCAGCACGCUACGUGCAUACAUCAAGUUCCUUCAGCUGGCAUUUCCCGUGCGUCUCCGGGCUAUUCACAUGGUCAACUGUCCAUCGUAUCUCGACAGAAUCGUGAGCGUAGUGAAGCCUUUCAUCAGCGACGAGGUUUUCAAGCUGAUACGUUUUCAUACAGUCAGCAUGGAAUCGCUCUACGCCUUUGUGCCACGCGAAAUGCUUCCGGAGGAGUACGGUGGCUCGGCCGGAUCGCUGGACACGCUGCGAGCGCACACAAAGAAGACCUUGGUCGAGCAUCGCGAUUAUCUAAUGAACCCUAACCACUGGCUGGUGGAGAAGUCUGAGAAGCGUAACGGCAGUCAUUCAUGGAGAAUUUUUAGAUGAGUUCAAAAUUUGAGUCUCAAUUUUUUUUUUCUCUUUCAAACAUUUUUGUCAGUGUCUAGCCUAGAAAUUGUAUAAACGGUAUAUUAAAUAAUGUCAUCAUUAAACAAUAUCAACGUU